CUCGCCUCUGCUCUCAAGUGGCGGUGACACAGUGCGGCGGGCCGGGCUCCAGAGUAACGACGCGCCUCUGCCCUCCAGUGUUGGUGACACAGUGCGCCGUGCAACGGGCUGACCUCCAGCGAGGAACUACGCGAAUCUGCUCUCCAGUGGUGGUGACACGGUGCGCACGUGUCGCGUGUCUUCGGCUCGCCAGCGCGUCGUAUCCGCGUCGCGCGUCGCGUUCUCGUGUCAUCAAGGGCUAUAUCGCAGUCAGAAUGCAGACUGACACUUUAAGGACGCAGGGCAUGUUGACCGUGGACGAUUUGAAAACUCCUGCACAUUUUUACCAUAAAUCCCCUUUCAGCAUCAGCAGCCUACUGAGACGAGAGGGGGUGGUGUGUGGAGAGGGCGACGCGCUGCAAGGGGUUCCCAUUACGCACGGAGGCAGACCCUGCUCUGGAGUCCCCAUUACGCACGGAGGCAGACCCUGCUCUGGGGUCCUGGGAGUGGUUCCCAGAACUCACGGAGGCAGCCCUUGCUCUGGGGACCCGGGCACGCCGCCACUUGAUCCUCAGGACCGCACGGAACACGGCCGUAGUGGGAUGAUCUGCAACAACGCCGAGGAAGAAGGUAAAGAGGAAAAAAUUAUCGUUGUUCCAAAAGACAAACUGGGGGGAAAUGAGUGUGAAUCGAAUAAAUCAGAGGAAGAAGAAAAGGUUAAACCACAAAAGCCCCCGUUCAGCUACAACGCGCUCAUCAUGAUGGCCAUCCGCCAGAGCCCGGAGCAGCGGCUCACUCUGAACGGCAUCUACGAGUUCAUCAUGGGCCACUUCCCGUACUACCGGGAGAACCGACAGGGCUGGCAGAACUCCAUCCGGCACAACCUGAGCUUAAAUAAAUGCUUUGUGAAAGUGCCUCGCCACUACGACGACCCCGGCAAGGGCAACUACUGGAUGCUGGACCCCUCCAGCGACGACGUGUUCAUCGGGGGGACAUCUGGGAAGCUCCGGCGCCGCGCGUCUUCGGGCCCCACCAGGGGGGCCAAGCUGGCCCUCAAGAGGGCCGGCCACGGCCUGACGUCCACCACGGCGACCAGCCUCACCUUCGCCGCGGCAGGCUCCUUCUACUGGCCCCUGCAGUCGUUCCUGGCCCUCCAGCAGCCCGUGCGCCCCCCGUUCUGCACGGGGGGCCUUCUGGGGCCCCGGCACCACCACCACCACUCCGGUUACGCCACGUCAGUUCUGUCGCAGCGUACGCGCCGCCAUGUGAACGCAACGUGUAUGGGGGAGGAAUCCGCGCAUCUGCAGAGGAGCCAGGAGAGGAACCAGGAGCGGACCGAGGAGAGAUCUUACUUUGGUAUGAGUUGCGCGCAGUCGAGCCCCCAUCAGAUCAGCGCGACCGCCGCGUUCUCCGCGUCAAUGAUCCCGCUGUCUCUGUCCGACCCCAGUCCGUUUAAUGUGCUUUCCGGACAAACCAGUUACUUCUACUCGCAACAAAUGCCCUAUAGCGCAGUGUUUAACCCGUGCCAGGAGGAGCGGGCCUUCUCUAGGACUUUUCAGGGCAGCGCUGUGUCGAAGUGUGUGAGCGCCUAUGAGUUCCCUAGUUACUAUCCUCCACCCAAUCCGACCCCCGGGGUGUAGGAACACGUCCACUCCAUCCGACCCCCGUGGUGCAGGAAACGUUAAUUCCAUUCGACCCCCGUGGUGCAGGAAGCGUUCAUUCCAUCCGACCCCCGGGGUGGAGGAACGCUGCAUGUGAGGGCCAGGGUAUAUGGCGCUCAAAUCAAGAAAGUAUGGAGACACUUUCUAAACCACUAACUGAUCACUAAGUAGGCCUGUUCCCUGUUGACCUGUAAUAAAAGCUAAUUUUUAAUGUAAUGCCUUUUUUGACCUAAAUAAACUAGGACUUUUUUAAAUUGUAUUAAUCCUAAUAUGUUUUUUUUCGUUUAUAUUAGGCCUAUAUUAAACAGUAUGCUAUAGGAUAUUUCAUUUCGGCAGGCCUAAUAAGUCAGUUAAAUGUAUCAGGUGGCAUUACGGUUUUUACCAUGUUUGUAAUUGCAUUGAUUGCAACACAAGCCAACUUAUUUUUUUUUAACCAAAGCUUCCUGCUGUUUAAUUUAGAUUUUCUUACGAUGAUAUUUUACAUGUCUGUAGACCUAUCCCCUCUCUUAGAGAAGAUGUAAAUAAAUCGUUGCGGAGGAAGGAAAUUAUUCGAUGUAUCUGCCUUGCACUGACGCAUGCAGCUGUUGUGUAGCUAUAGGUCAUUAUGAAUGACAGAAUAACAUUAAAAGUCAAAGAUCACCCUCUUUUAAACCAAUCUAUUAACUCAGACAGACUUUCAGUUUGUUAUUCGUUUGAAAUUUAUUGUUAAUAAAUUUCAAGCGAAUAUUUAGAGGCUAGAUGUAAAGUAUUUUAUUGUUAUUGGCUGUUGAUUAUUUGGGCUCGGAUAUACCCUAUACUUGAUGGAUUAGGCGAUUUCUCAACCUUCUUAGGCCACUGCAUUUUUGAAAAAAAAAAAAUAACACCGAAUUAAGAGAAAAUUAAAUCGAAUUGCUGAAGGCAAAGUAAAGCAAAUAAUAGCCCAAAUAAUGAACCUGUAACAUGAAUCAAAUGCCUAUUCUCUCGUCUAACUGUGCUCCAAAUGUCAACAUCUAAGAGGAAACGAGUCUCUGAAGGUAUUUUGAAGACACAAAAUGGAGAUAUGGGAACAAGGAAGUCAUCUUUUGUCUGUGCUUAACCAUUUGCAGGAACAUGUAGUGAUCUAAUGUGAGUCAGGGAUCAUCCACAGUUCACAUUCCACUCAUCAGUGCAACAACAUCAAUGCAGACUGAGAUGCCGCAUUAUAACAAUGAUACAGAACGUUUGUCUGCCUGAUGGUGUCAUAUGUGUCAAUAAAAUCAGACGUGUGGUUAGAGAACAGAUUAUCAGUCUGUGUUUGUCUGUGUAACACAGAUUAAAGUUUUCUCUGUUUUUGUCGGUGGAAGGGGCGCCUCUUUUAAACAAAAGAGUCUUUCAUCAAAAGGUUUCAGUCUGUCAGCCAUCAACGUCUUCUAGCUCACUCACAUUCACAGUCGCCUGUGGUUAAACAAGACGGCAGGCAUCGGGUAACCAGCGGCAGCGUGUGUUGGCAAACUCAAGGUCUAGAUAGAUAGAAAGAUAGAGCAUUUUUUCCCCUGCAUGAGUAAUUGUUGCUGUACCACUUGGAGUUCAGGCGAACCGAGUUGUGAAUCAACAGGUCUGGAUCAAGUUUUGUGUCCUGGGUUGGUGUAAUGGGAUACUGUUGUUGGCAUAAUAAAUAACUUUCUUGAUUUGACAUGGACUAAUAUCCUCACAGCCCUGGAGCCUCCCCAGUCCAGCAGAACGGGUAGUAGAAGAGUGAGGCGUAUACAUCUGGACAUGCAACGCAGGGAUCCUUGACUUGAAAUGGGGUGAUAGGCUACAGUCGGGAAACCGAUGAAUACUUAUUUCUUCAAUGUACUGUAAACAUUUAUCAUGGCUUAAUAGGCCUAUUAUAUUGUACUAAAUUAUUUGUGUUGUUCUGUUAUGUAUGCUAUAGGCCCAUGUGUAUAUUAGAAAAUCGAGGCGUGUAUUUUCCUCUGUGUGCAUCAUUUUUUCUUAUUUUUUUCAAAUAAAAAAACGAUCCUGUAA